AUGAAAGCCCUGGCACGCAGCUAUGUCUGGUGGCCGUCUCUCGAUGCAGAAAUCGAACAGACCGUCCGUGGUUGCACGCAGUGCCAGACCGUCACCAAGUCGCCGCAUCGCCAGCAAGUCCACCCAUGGGAAUGGCCUGGUAAGCCUUGGUUACGUGUCCAUGUCGACUUUGCUGGACCCAUCGCUGGUAAGAUGCUCUUCAUUAUUGUCGAUAGUAAUAGUAAAUUUAUUGAAGCACAUGUUUGCUCUGGCUCAUCUGCUGCUGUCGCAAUUCGCAAGCUGGAGCAGACCUUUGCUCUGCUUGGCUUACCUUAUAAUAUUGUUUCUGACAAUGGCCCUGCUUUUGCAAGUAGUGAAUUUCGUGAGUUUUGCUCAUCUAAUGGCAUACGUCAUACUCUCGUUUCACCAUAUCAUCCGUCUAGUAAUGGCUUAGCCGAGCGCGCAGUACAGACGGUGAAGUCUGGCUUGGCCAAGAUGUCUGGCCCUGAUUUGGAAACCCGCCUUGCUAGGUUCCUGUUCCAAUACAGAAUGACGCCGCAGUCAACAACGGGUCGUUCUCCGUUUGAGCUACUUUGGAAGGAACAUCGUCCCCGCUCACGUCUGGAUCUCGUGGUCCCGGACAGCGGCAAGAAAGUCUUGGACAAACAGUGCACUGCCCAUGAUCGUGGUGGUGCAAAUGCAUACCAGUUCUAUUGUGGUGAUGCCGUCUGGGCAAUGAAUUGCAACUCCUCACCGAAGUGGAUAGCUGGCAUCGUGGAUGAACAGCUUGGUCCUCUAACAUUCACGGUUCGUCUUGUUGAUAACAGAGUCUGGAAGUGUCACUCUGACCACCUGAAGAAACGCCUUCCUGCUGAGUCGGUGCAAGAUGCUUCAACUGCUACGUCAGCACCACAGCUUCCAUAUUCCAGAGCUUUACCUUCUACCACAGCUCUACCGUCUUCAACUGCUCUAUCUAGUGUUCCGCCGAAUGAGUCUAUGUCACUGCCUGGCUCAAUUGUACAUGAUGAGAUCCGUGAGAAUGCUGAUUUAUCUGUUCCUGAAUCUACUUCUAACCAGUCUAGUGGUUCUAGUCCUGUCGUGUCUAUGCGCAGUUCUUCUCGUUCUGUAAAGGCUCCUGUCCGCCUUGAUCUGUAG